AUGGUGUUUUCGCAAAGCUACGAGAUAGCCGAGUUCAACUUCACAGCGCCCAUCGGCUUCUGUCCGAGUCCGCCCCUCCGUGCUGCAUUCAAGCUGCCCCAGGUCCACGAUGUCCUCACAUUCCGCAAACAAGGGGGUAGAAAAGCAAUUGCCAGCGGGGAGACUGUCUGGUGUUCCGUGAUUGCGACAUCUCAAAUCCAGAGCCAACUCAAGGUGGCAACGGAUUUCCAGCUGCAAAAUGGAUCAAUCGGACACAUUACUGAUUCGAAUUUUCUCGCUGGAUUGGCCGAGGACACAAAAGAUCCUUUUAGUAUGAAGCACAGACUAGAGGAUGCGGCAUGGCAAAUUUAA